AUGGAUAUGGAUUCUUCUAACGAAGAAGUGCGUAUUCAUAUGGAUCGGUUUGAAGAACAACAAAGAAUAUUCAUUCAGACGUUGAAUCAAAUUGAUGAUGAGUCAGAUGAAGAUAAAGAACUAACCAACAACUUGAUGCAGUUAUAUUCAUCGGGGCAAAUACCUAGAGAUCCAGACUGUGUGUUCUCUGAUGAAAAUUUCCAAGGUCGAUUCUGCAUGCCCACACAUUUGGUGCUAAAGAUUAUUGGUGAGCUUUGUCAGGUAGAACCUCAAUUUAAUUAUCAGUACAAUGCACUGAAUAUUAGGGGUCAUAGCCCUGAACAAAAGGUUACUUCGGCUUUGAGGAUUUUAGGAUAUGGCAGACCUCCAGAUUCUAAUGAUGAGUACCUUCAUGUUAGAGAAAUAUUAAAGCAAAAUCAGGAAAGGGGAUUUCCUGGAAUGCUGGGUAGUCUUGAAUACAUGCAUUGGGUAUGUACCGGAUGCCCUACCUAUUGGUCUGGUCAGUAUAAGGGUCACUACGCAAAACCAACAGUGACCCUUGAGGCUGCAGCUUCUUAUGAUUGUUGGAUAUGUCACGCUUUUUUUGGUCUCCCGGGAUCUCAAAACGAUAUAAAUGUUUUACACAAAUCGCCUUUGUUUGAAGAUUUAAAGUAUGGAAUUUCUCCUCAAGUAAAUUUCAGUAUCAACAAGAAUCACUACACUCAUGGUUAUUAUCUUGUAGAUGGAAUUUAUCUAAAAUGGUCAACUUUAGUUCAAUGUUACUGUCAGCCACCUGCCGGUGAAAUGGGUCCUUCAUACUCGUAUUUCAAUAAUAAACAGAUGAGUCUGAGAAAGGAUGUGGAACGGGCUUUUGGAAUUCUAAAGCGGAAGUUCGCAAUCAUUUGUGGGCCUUAUCGUGGUUUAAGUGCUCGUGAAAUGCAUAAGACUACGCUGACUUGCAUCAUUAUGCAUAACAUGGUUAUCCAGGAGACUCGUCGUAAUAAGAAUUGGACUAACCAUCAAGAUGAAGACUUAAGGCCUGAGAUUAUACCAACUAGGGGAUUACCUGCAAGAAACUAUGUGCAAAUGACCAGUCAUAUUGAGAACAGAACUCUGUAUAACAAGUUGAGGGAAGAUCUCAGAGCGAAUCUGUGGGCUGAGUUUAGAAGAGAUGGGGGACGAAUUGAGUAG